UGGCUGUUUGAGAUCCUGAAGAGAAUGACGCAGAUUUCCUGAACCGUUUCACUUCCUCAGCCGGGUGCUGUUGGAGAAACCGCCCCUCUUGCUUUCAUUUUAACAUGGCAAUUUCUCUGAAAUAACGUAGUGUUCAGAAUCACUGCACAGUGAAAUGAGACUGAACUUCAAUAAGUUCGGCUGUUUUCGGAGCAAAAACCGGUCCGGACUAGGAGGCUAAGCAGCGGUGAUCGCUUCAGGAGGGCGACUGACCGUAAACAAUGGGUCAGGUAGAGGAAGCCAGAGUGUCGUGCCUUGACCUCCUCACGUGCCACAGAGAGCUGCUGGUGUCCACGCUCAGGAGCAUUCAGUGCCUCCUGGAUAACCUGCUGGCCAACCGCUUCUUCUGCGAGGAAGACGUGGAGAUCGUUCAACGAACCGUCACCAAACCAAACCAGGUGCGCAAAAUCCUGGAGCUGGUUCAGUGCAAAGGAGAGGAUGCCUGUGAAUUCUUUGUUUUUAUCAUAUAUAAAAUAUGUGAUGCAUAUAUAGACCUGCAGCCAUGGCUAAAAGAGAUCAACUACAAGCCAAGCAGAGACAUGGAAGAGAUGAAAGUGGUGAACACCGACCCUAUCAGCAGGUACUGUGAGAAGCAGCGACAUGAGAUGAGCCGAGACACCAGCUUCAUCAUGUCUUAUGGGCAGCAAGAUGAGACCCGAUUGGAAGAUCUUUACACAGACACUGUGAUGGAGCUGUUCAACGACGCUAAUGAAAGCUUAGGCUUCAUACAGAGUCUGAACCAGCUUCUUGGAGAAGACGGGGUCUUUAAUCCCCAAGGUGAGAUCAUCUAUGUGAUGGGGGAUGCUGGUGUUGGAAAGUCCAUCCUUCUGCAAAAGCUCCAGAACCUCUGGUCCAAAAGGGAGCUGCAGACAGACGCCAUCUUCUUUUUCAAGUUUCGCUGUAGGAUGUUCAGCAUCUUCAAGGAAGCAGAACAGAUAUCCCUCAGAGACCUUUUAUUCAAAUACAAUUGUUACCCAGAUCAUGAUCCAGAUAAUGAAGUGUUUGAUUACAUCCUGCGCUUCCCUGAUAAGGUCGUGUUUACUUUUGAUGGCUAUGAUGAAAUUCAGGAGGAAAUAGACCUGAUGAAUGUUCCUGAAGUUGUGUCUCCAGAAGACAAGGCAAACUCCUUACAGUUGCUCCUCAGCUUGCUCUGUGGAAAACUACUUAAGGGCUCCAAAAAAAUACUGACGACCCGAACUGGGAUUGAGUUGCAAAGUCGAGUCAUUAAGAAGAAAGUAGUUUUGCGUGGAUUUUCUCCAGACCACCUAAAGACGUACAUCAAACUGCAGUUCAAGGAGCAGGAGCACCGGGACCUGGUGUCGGUUCAGCUGGAUGCCAGCCCUCACCUUUGUGGCCUGUGUUCCACUCCACUCUUCAGCUGGAUUGUAUUCAAAAGUUUCCGGCACCUGCAUACGAUACAUGAUACCUUUCAUCUGCCUGAAACCAGCAUCACGCUAACAGACAUAUUCCUUCUGCUGUCUGAGGUGUUCCUCAGCCGCUUGGCCACCCCCGCUUCUCCCCUGCUGAAGAAAAGCACCCGCUGCACCUCCGAGACAUUCAGGGUGGGGCUCAGGCCCCUUGCUGGGUUUGCUAAGCUGGCUUUGCAGGGUUUGGAGAGAGGAAGUUUUCUGUGCAGCCAAGAGGAGAUCAGUGAGUGUGGUCUCACAGAGGAGGACAUGGCCCUAGGUUUCCUCAGACCCAUUAGUGAGUUUGACGCCACUGAUGCCCCUGCUACCUUUGAGUUCAUCCACAUCACCCUCCAGUCGUUCUUGGCAGCAUUUGCUCUUGUGUUGGACGAGCAGACUUCUGGCAACUCCAUCCUCAAGUUCUUCACAGAAUGCAGCAGGAGGAGAGAACCCUGCUGUCUCCCUUUAGCUUUCUGUACCAGGAGCUUUGUGAAGCCUUGCGAGAAGAGGCCCUCCUCAACAAACGAGCACCUGCAGUUCACAAAUCUGUUCCUGAGUGGACUGCUGUCAAAGUCUCAAGCAAGUCUGAUGGGACAACUAGUAUCUCCUGGUUUAUUGAAGAAAAAACGAGCCUUGUUGAAGGCUUACUUGUCCAGUAGCAUCAAGGUCCACCUGGAGGGCUUACCCUGUCAUACUGCUGAUGGAUUGAAGAAAGUUCACGUUUUGCCCCACUUUCUUUGGAUUCUACGAUGCAUCUUCGAGACAGGGAGCAAAGACAUUGCUAAGAUGACAGCAAAAGGCAUCACAGCAAGUUUUAUCAAGCUGGGCUACUGUAACGUGUACUCAGGUGACUGCACGGCCAUAAACUUUGUGCUGCAGCACCGUCAGAAGCACUUGGGGCUCGACAUGGACAACAACAACAUCAGUGACUAUGGGGUGAAGCAACUCCAGCCUUCGUUUUGCAAGAUGACAGUUGUGAGAUUGUGUGUCAAUAACCUAACGGACAGGAGUAUUGAGGUUCUGGCAGAAGAGCUGUGCAAAUACAAGGUUGUGAAGGUUUUGGGGCUUUACAACAACAACAUCACUGAUGCUGGAGCCAAACUGGUGGCUCAGAUCAUUGAAGAAUGUCCUCAACUAGCAGUUGUGAAGAUCGGUAAAAACAAGAUCACACCUGUGGGUGGGAGGUAUCUGGCCAGGGCGGUUAAGAAGAGCACUUCCAUAUUCGACUUGGGGAUGUGGGGCAACAGCAUCGGUGAUGAGGGAGCGGAAGCUUUUGCAGAAGCCUUGAGGAAUCACCCACGUCUCACCAACCUCAGCCUGGCAGCCAAUGGCAUCACAUCCAGUGGAGGGAAGUGUCUGGCAGAAGCUCUGAAGGAGAACACAGUCCUGAGGAUAUUCUGGUUGGUGCAGAAUGAGAUGAUGGACGAUUCAGCUCCGCACUGGGCCGAGUUAAUCCAGGCCGACACUGGACUGAGCCACCUCUGGUUCAUCAACAACAAGUUCACAGCUGCUGGGAUCCAACACUUUGCUGAAGCGCUAGCUACCAACUCCAAGCUCAAGGAGAUCUGCGUGAAAGGAAACCAGCUCUCUGAGGAGGAACAGAAGCUGUUUGAGUCAGACAAACGACUCCGGUUCCACUGACAGGAUCGCUGUGCUCUUCAAGGAUCAGAAACACAAACACGUUUUCUGCUGCUGCGCUUCAACCAACUCAACAACAUCACUUCCUGUUGUCCACAAGUUGAGCAGGAUGGACACUGUGUUCACAGAACUGCACACACACACCAGUGCUAUGUUCACAGCACUGGGAUUCAGUUGGGAUGUCGUUUCUGAUGUGAACCAAUAUGCUUCAGAAACAUCAGUACACUCUGAACAUGAUGUUCUGGAAUCAAAAUGUCUGCAUGUCAGUCAUCAUCAACUCUCUGAUAAAGGGAUCGUCGACUAGUUGAACCUGUUGGCCAAAAUAUGUUAGAAUUUUCCUAAAAGCAUUGUGGUAUGUAAAAUCUCAUAAUUACUUAAAAAAUUGUAUAUCCUAGUUAUAUUUUUCACCUACGUAGCUCGUCAUUUUUUCAGCUGCGCUAUGCAUGCUGGGCCGAUGAUGUGGGCAGGUUAUAUGGAGUCGAGCCUUUAAACUAAACACAAGAAGUCAAGGGCAGAAAACAUCUGGGUUGGGAAAAACUGUCUUGAAGUUUUGAUGUGCAGCUAUACACAAAAUAGAUAUCUUGUGUAUAUCUAUCUUGUGUAUACAACAUCUGUUGUAUUUGUUUCAACAGAUGUUGAAACAAAUGUGAUUGGCUUGUGCUAUACUGUUUACUAUGUUAGCUAGAGCUAACAGCAUUAGAAGGAGUUGGCAUGAAAUCAACAAUUGGAAGAUAAUGAAUGGAUGUUUUGCCUGACAAUGAUUCAUUUUUACGUCUCUGUAACACACACACAUUUUUUAUUUUUUUUCCCAGUGCUCAUCAUGCACAGCCUGAGUUAGAAACUGGAGCUCAUUGCAGCUAAUGCUCUUCUUCUGUGUUACCAUUAACAGGCAGCGGCAGCACAAACACCAGCUUUUUCAGCCGACUCUCUCCCGUUCGGUCUUCCUCAUUUUAGUUUCCCCUCAUCGUUUUUGCAUCACCUUUUAUUUCAGCGCUCCUGUUCAAAUUGAAAGGGCUAAGCUUUACGCAUUGCGCAAAAAACACAGUUUUGGCUGGACAGCGCUGUAGAACAUAGCAUACUCUUCUACCAUGGUGACGUCUGUGUGACAAUAUUUUAUUUAAAUAUGUGAAAAAUGCCUCUCUAUGUCUAUUGCUGCAACUAACCAUGGAUCCCUUUAAGGGCCCAACAUAUGGGGGGCCAGGAGGGACAUUAUUAGAGACUGAUGGAGAUAAAAUUGAACUCUUUCUCACAGCCUAUUGAAAACCUUAAAUACAAACUAGUGAAAGCUCUUCAUACAAACUUCAGAUCCUUUAAUAUAAACUAUUAAAGGAUAGUUUCAUAUUUUAAUAUUAAUAUUUUAUGAAUAUUCAUUAGUUACUGAUACAGACUCCUUGACAUGGACAAUAAGUAUGAAGUCACCGUACACCUUAUGUUUUUGAAGAAGGUCUACUUCAAAAAUAAUUCAUUGAAUAUCUCCUACUGAAUUGGACAUAUUUAUUUGAAACAGUAAAACGGUUAUCAAAACAAUUUCACAUAUUACAUUUUAAUGUUUUCUUGUGUGAAAUUGAUUGAUUGUACUUUUACAAGAAAGUUAAGUUACAAUACAAGGAUUUUAUUUUAUUUUUUCAGAGUAAAUGCUACAUUAUGAAAAACCUCAACACAGCUGAAUUCAUGGCUGAACUGCAAAUCCAUCUUGGAACUCAGAAAGGAUUACCUAGACCUUCCUGUUUAAAUAAAACCACUUUUUGUUUAACCAAAGUGCCUUCAACUGAAUCCAUCAGAAAAUAUUUCACUAGUCUGUAUGAGAUUUCUUCAUUAAUCUCUAAGGUUUUCAGUGUGCUGUGUUCCAAGCAUUCAGCUUCAUUUGUGUCUGUAUUAGCUAAUUCUGAUUAAUGUCCCCAUAGCAACGUAUUUGUAUUAGCAUAGUGAUUUCCUUUGUGACAUGUUGCAGACACAAACUCAGUUCAUCUGCUGGAAAUUCUCCAGGAUUACAGUUUUUCUUUGGUCUUAAUCUGUCAUGUUUCAUGUGAGAGAAAUUACCUGUGAGUUUCAUUCCAUGUCUGACUUUUACAUGAAAUAGGAACCGGUCACAGUGAAAAAACAAAACAAAACAAAAACCAAACAAGAAACAUGCCAACUUCCCUGUAGAAUAUAUAUUUUGGUUUUGUUCGAAUACGGUUACAUCUGACAGGAAAUAAUUUCCUUUAUAAUUACUGGUAUUGCUGAUAGUGGUUGGUUCACAAUUGUGCACAUCCUUUACUUGGCUAAAUCAUAUUUGGUUCAGUUCAAAGCUUUCUGUCUUCUUUGGCCUUGAACAUCUUCACCCACGUCUACCUCAAAGGUUCUCACAGUCAGGAUAGUGAGGACGUCUCUGGUCCACGUCGCUCCACAGACACAGGUUUAGUUUACAUCCAUCCUCAUGUUAAAGCAAAGUCUGUCUGUAGUAAGGGCAGAACCAGAGCGGCAGAAGGUAGCUUCCCUAAUGCAUAUGAAGAUAAUUUUAAUAAUGUAAGCAAUUUUACAAAGAAAGAUUUACCAACUGAUUGUUUACUUCCAUUCCUUGUCAGGUUGGUUGCUUGAUUACUCCAGGAGGAUCAGUAUCAGAGGAUAGUUUUUGUCAUACUGAACAUCACAUAUUUUGUUAUCACUCUGUACCAUUCAAGUAUUUGUCAUUUUGUACACAAUAAAAAAAUAUUGAAAUGAAUGUUACUGGAGUUGUCUGGUUCCUUCAUGCCUUUUGUGUUUAUGGUCCAAUAAAAUGAAAUUCACUCCCAUAAAUUAGGUAUUUUCCCAUGUUUAGGUAUUUUCAACUGUAGUUUUGACAACUGGUAGGUCAGAUCAUCGAAAGGCAACAGUAGCUCCAACAAUCGGACUCACCAAAGUAUACAUUCCAUCGCUGAACACCCAACACAUUUAGCCAACCUGAAUGUCGAUGAUGACCAUGUCCUUCCCUUUAUAACAGUAUACCCAUCUUCUGCAGACUUCUUCCAACAAGGAAAAAUUCCAAGUCAUGAAGCUUACAGUGUCUCAAACUGGUUUCUUGAACAUGACAAUGAUUCGCUGUCCUCUGGCCUCCACAGUCACCAGAUCUUAGUCCAACAGAACAUCAUUAGGAGGUGGUGAAAUUUACAUAACUGAUAUGCAGCAAUCAAACCUGUCAAUGUGGACCAGAAUCUGACAAAUGUUCCUGAUACUAUUAUUGAAUCUGUGCCACUAAGAAUUAAGACAGUUCUGAUGGCAAAAACCCAACAGGAGCUAGAUGUACCAAAAGGUAGAAAGUGUUUUAGCAACUGGAAUAAGAACCUGAACUUGACUGCAUUGUCUAAUAACUACAAUGAAUGAAAUUAAAGAUGUACAUUUAUGUAUGUCAAUUUAAAUUAAAUGAAUAAAGUGACUGCUGCUUGGAAACACCUUACAAACAAUCAAACUUGACUGCUACAUGCUGACAGUUAUCAGUAAAGUAAGAGUCCUCACUCCAAUCCAGCUUCAUAAACCAGUGUAUCGUGGAUGGAAACAUAGUAAUUACAAAAUACACAGAGAGACUCAUGAAAUGUCAUCAGCACAUCUAUUAAGGCCUGUUGAACAGUUCUGCUUCAAUUCACAAACAGAAAUAAAAAAAGACAGAGUAAAAACUAUCAACAAAACUCAACCAUUUGAUCAGAUGUGGACAGAAAGGAUCAGUAGGAAUCACUAGUGUAGCUGUCACAUUAUAAAGACAUGAAGGUACAUGUGGAUCUCUGAGAUGUCCACUAACUCAGAAAGUGGAAGAGGAGACGCCACUGCAGGGAGGAGCUGCAGCACCACUGUGUGGUCGGACGAUGUAUUACAGGGCUCUGCUAAUCUCUGUGUGGCAUUCAGGCUUUACACGGUGAGCAUGAAAAGCAGCAGCCGUGUUUAUCCCAGGGUGGAUCCCAAAACUCCAAAGUUCUCUCCAUUUCUUCUUCAGGAACCAAAACAGGUUGACACAUUCAAAAACACAAAAGGUCCUGUGACAGUCAAAGUGCCUUCAAGUGACUCCAGUACCUCACAUGUGGCUCCAAAAUCCUGGAUCCACAACUGAUAUGCAUGAACAGACUGAGAAAAGAACAACUAUCAGGGAAAAUACCUGAACUAGUUGCUCAAGCCAAAGCAUACUCAAGCCAAAGCAUGAGCAUUUCUGCAUUUAACCUACCAAACGAGUCAACGACAGAGAUGUUCAAGGUGAAAACAUAAACUGUUCAUGUCCUUUGAAUCAUACACUUGUUUACCUUUGAUAUUCUAUUUUUUUUUAAUUACUAUUUCUAAACAAAUUAGAAGGGACCAAAACCAGGAGACCAAAACUUUGCCUGUGUUGGCUAACGCUAAUGAUGGCUAACUUAGCAGCUAAGUUAAAUACUCGCCUCAGGAGAUGAACAUGGAUUUGGAAAAGUCAUCACUGAUUGCUAAGAUUUUAUAAUGCAGUGCCCUCAAAAUACUAGAAAACAGAAAGAGAAAGUUUCUCCACCAUUAGUACAUUUAGCAGCAUGUACACAACUUUGACUGACAGCACCAAGAAACUCCUUCUGGCCCCGAUUGAGGAUUGUUGCAUUUCUUUAGACAGCAUAGGGAGAAGGUGGAGGAGAUCGAUCUUUUCAAAGAUUAUCCAUCAAACUGUCUCCAUACGGUGACAGUUGUAACAAAUAUGAUAAAAAACCCCUGUUCUUAUAAAAUCACCUUCAGUCAACUCUGUUCAGCCAAAAGUGCACGUGCUUUUUCAUGUUCAGGGUUUACUGCUGCAUGUGCAGUUCUGAGUUAAAAAAUUACAUUAACUGGCGUGCUUUAGAGGAAAAGAAAGAGGAACAAUACGUGGGGGGAAGUUCAUCAUGUGGCAACAUUCACCAUGAAAGAGCAACUUUUAAAGUUCCUGUUGAAGAAGUUGA